AUGGCUGCAAUUCCCGCCGGAUCUUCUGUCGCCUCUUGCUGCAGCACGAAUGAGAAGGAAGCGCAGGCAGGCUCCUCAGGGGUUAAAAACGACCCAAAAGACGGCCCCGCGGCCGGCGGCGGCGGCGGGAGCAGCAGCGGCUCGGUGGUGUGGGGCCACGUGGAGGAGCUGGCCAAUGAGGUGGCAGAACUGAAGAGACGGCUGCAGGAGGAAGAGGAAGAAGGGCGGCGACUGCGCAACGAGGUGAAGCAUCUCCGCAGCAGCAACCACGAUCUGAAAAUCAUCCCGCCGCGCUCUCCCCGCGCGGCGGACCCGGUUACGCCGGCGCUCCUCGCGCAGUCCAUCCGCGCUUCGUUCAUCGAGCCCGCCGCCGACAGUCCGUGCCCAGACGGCGGCAACGGCGGCGGCGGCGGCGGCGGCGCGGGCGGCGCGAACCUCAGAAGAUCCGUCUCCCUCGGCCGUGCCGAGGGGGUGUCUGCCUACGCCCGUCACAUGGCCGCAGCGUACACGGCGAACAACGGCGAAGGCGAGGGCACCGGAGCGAAGGCGAGUGGUGGUGGUAACCCGGUGUGGGUGAGUGGCGAGCAGUGGGUGCACACUCUCUCCUCUCCGCGUCACAGCAUUAACGCCAGUGAAUUCGGCGUGUUGCAACUAGGAGACGAAGAAGACGGAUUGAGACGCUCCUCAGGAACUCCGCUCUCUCUCCUGCUCUCCCUCUCUCGGCCUCUCUCCGGACCUCUGCCGAACCACUUGCAGUCGGGUCGGGGAUCGUCGAUUGCUGCUCGAAGCGCGAAUGACGGCGCUGCGGGGAAUUCCCCUGUCGGGCUUGGGGUCAGCCCGAAUGCGAAGCUACGCGCGGGCAACAUGAUUGUAACGGGGCUGAAUGUAACGGACGCGAACGGCGUCGCGAAAACGAUCAAGAUGGAGCAGCUCGUGACUGCCGAGCCUACGACGCCGAGCCGACCUCCGGUCUACCAGGGUCGGCCGAGCCUGGAUAAGAAACGGCCGCCGCCAAUCAAGGGCAUCCCGCUGCCUUGGGAUUCAAUGGACGGCGAGGAUCUAAAGAGCCAGAGCGGGCUGGGGAAUUCGGGGACGGCGGAAGGCGGAGGCGGAGCGGAGAUUGCGGGGGAGAAGAGCGUUGGCGGAAGGUCAUGGGGAAGCGGAAGAUCAUGGGGAAGAGUGGGAAGCGUGGGUGGACGUGAGGGGGAAGAGGUGGAGGGGGAAGAGGGGAAAGCGGAGGAAAGCGGAGGCGAGUCCGGGGAGGGAAGCAUGGAGGCCAAUGCGUCUGAUGAUGACGAAGGAAGGAGGGACGGAAAGAAAGAUAACAAUGAGAAGCACGAGAGGCAAGCUGGAAAGAAGGGGAGUGAAGAAGGAGGGGAUGGGGAGAUAGAACAGCUGAUGGCGCUGGUGGAAGCGAGAGAGAAGAGAGAGACAGGCGCAAGGAGAUACACCGCCGCGUCCCCGUCCGCCUGUGCAGCCAAAACCGCUGGUACUGCGUCUGGUGAUAAGACCAAGACUUCUGUUGCUGCCGCCGCUGCCGCUGGUGCCGCUGGUGCUCUUGCGCGCGCCAGCAGCGCGGGCAGCAGAGGGAAGGCGGCAGGCGCAACAAGGGGGCGCAGCGGAAGUCCAGUGUUGCGGCGGAGCAGCAGUAGCGGAGCAGGUUUUGGCUCUUCUUCCGGCACCAACCGCGCUGCCGCCUCUCCCCGCGCUGCUUCUCCGCGCGCUGCUUCCCCUGGGGGGAACAGCAGCAGAGGUACCGUCCCCCGCACGACCUCCUUCCGCGCGUCUUCUCCUCGCGCUGCUUCCCCUAGUGGCGGAAACAGCGUGACGAGGGGACGACUUUCCAGGAGCGUCUCGGAUAAGCACAGGGCUGGUGUAGGCGGUACUCUCGAUAGGAACGAGCGUAUCGGUGUAUUAGGAACGCCAAGAUCUCCCCAAACGGCCCGACAGACCUCGACUAGCCCCAUGUCCCGGCGUCCGCUGGAUUUUCCUUCGGGCAGCCCGGGAAGCUCUGGAACGGCCCUGAGAGGGCGGGCAGGUUCGAAUAAAUCUGCGGGGUCUGGUUUAGAGAGUCCGGCGGCAGGCGUUGCUGCCAAUGAGGAUGUGACGCGUGGCAAGAAACACAGUGAGGCGGAGGAGGAAGAGGAGAAGCAGCAGCAAGACGGAGAGCGCGCGGAAGAGGAGGGCUGCGCGGAGAGGGGCGAAAAGACGGAGGAACAGCCAAAGCAAGGGAAGGAAGAGGAGGAGGAGGAAGAGUGCGAGGCGCCGGCGGCGGAGAAGGGGGAGGAGGGGGAGGAGGAGAAGGGCGAGGAGGGAGAGGGGGAGGAAGGGGAGGGGGAGGUUGACGACACGUUCACUGAGCUCCGAGACGACGACGGCCCCUCCGUGCCCCUCGCACGGCAGCGCAGCGACCGCAGUGCCGGCAGCAGCAGCAGCGGCGGCGGCGGCGGAAGGCGGAGCGCUGGAACAGGCGGGGGAGGGGCAGCGGAAGGAGAAGAGGAGGAGAAUGAAGAGGGUAAUCUACCCAUGAGGCGCGCGGAGACGGUGGAGACGGGGGAUAAUAUCUUUGGCGAUGAUAUCGAUGAGGAAAUUGAGAUGGAGGGCGUGAAGGGGGGCGGCGGAGGAGGGGGCGCGUUGCGCCGAUCGGCGUCGUUCGGAAGCAGCUGCCGGGCGGCUGCGGGCGGAGGAGGCGGGGAAGGCGGAGAAGGCGGAGAAGAGGGGGCGGAUGUGCGGGGAUCGCGGGAGUCCCUGUGUCGCAGCGCUAGUCUGGGGGGAAGGCGGAACCCCAGCGCAACGCCUCUCGCCGCUGCGUUGGAGGCAUCUCGCGGCCAUGCGGCGGAAGGGAAGGGGGAAGGUGAGGGCCCGUCGCUUCAGCGGCAGAACGUGUUGCGGGGGAAGGGUGCGGAAGAGAUGGAGAGGGAGAGGCGCGGGGAAGGCAUGCUUAUGCCGUACAGGAUGGAACAGCAACUCCAGCAGCAGCAGCAGCAGGAAUGGCAGGCGCAGCAGCAGCGGCAAAUUGGGAAUGGGCAAGAGAAAGUUGUGACUGACGCUGCCAUGGUCAGCAACAGCAGCAGGCUUCGCCGCUCUGUGUCUGCUGACGUGGGUGACGCAAUGCUGGUGACUCUAGGCGGCGCCUGUGACUAUAAUGGAGACACUCCCAACACUCCCAACACCUGGCGUGGUGGCAGCAGCGGUGGCAACAACGGCGCACCCUCCUCCUCCUCGCCCAGCAAGAUUGAUCCAAUCAUCCGUGCGCUCAACUACGCAGCGGUUACAGGCCGGUUACCACCCGGCAUGGCUCUGGACGCUAUCUCAGAGGAGAGGUCCAGUGCGCUGCUCUCCUCCGCCAUCCCCUCCCCCUGCGCGUCCGUUCAUAACUCCCUCCACCUCCUGCCCUCGCUGCCCUCCCCAGGUGCUCCGCAUCCCUCGCAUCCCACGCGUUCCGCUGUGCAUAAUACCCCCCUGCAGCGCCCGCCGUCGCCCUCGUCCGCCCGUGGUACCCUUCGUUCCGAAGCAGGCGGGUCUGGGAAAAACGCCCUGCAGAUGUCGGGGGAAAUGCUUCCCCCUCCGCAUGUAGCCAUGCCUGGCGCUGCUGCUACUGGUGCUGCUGCCGAUGCUGGUUCUGCAGCCGCUGGUGCCGAUGCUGGUGGUGAUGCUGGUGCUACUGCUCCUCACUCCUCCAAUCCAACCACUCCUCGUCUCUCCCCGACCAGAGGGAUCGGGUCACGUGGCACCCCCCUCUCCCCUCUCUCCCCGCUCUCCCCCACUCGCCCCUCCCCAUCCUCCCCCAUGAGCCCCAUCUCCCCCGCUACCACCUCCCCCAAUCCAAUCCCCAUCCGCCACGUCAUUCAACGGCAGCAGCACCAGCAGCAGCUCAAAUCCCCCCGGGCGCAACAGCAGCAGCUGAAAUCCCCACGCUCACAGCAGCAGCAGCAGCAGCAGCACAGGAAGCCAGGGCAGCAGCUGCAGGUGAAGGCAGGUCAGAAGGCAGGGCAAGGCAGACCCAGCCAGGUGCUGGUGCAGCGGCCAGGCAGCCUCAAGAGCCCCGCUGCUGCUGCCAAAAGCACAGCCGUGAAGCAGGCGCAGGGGCAGGCGGGGGCGCAGAAAACACUGGGGCAGGGGGCGGUGGCAAAGGCACAAGGUCAAGGCGCGCUGAAGGGGAAGGAGAAGGAGAAGGGGAAAGAGGAGGGGGGGGAAGGGGAGAAGGAGGCAGGGGCACAGGAGCGGUUGCAGGCGCACAUGGAGGCACAGAUGAAGAAGAGCCCGCACUACCUGCAGCAGCAGUUCUACCAGCAACUCAAGCAACACCAGCUGCAGCAGCAGGCGCUGAGGAGACAGAAACGUGCUGCUGCUGCUGCUGCUGCGUCCGCUGGGAAGAGCAGUGCAGCAGCAGUGCCAUCAACGCCGUCAGCAGCAGCAGCAGGGCAGGCCGUGGUGGGGUCAGCAGGAGCACGAGGAGGAGGGUCUCGCCCCACCACCCCCACACGCAACAGUGCUGCUGGCAGUGCUACAGCUGGCUCUGGUGCUGGUGCCAGUGCUGUCUCUGCGGCUGUUGGACAAGCUUUCUUUGUCGGCCCAAGCAAAGGCGCAGAUGGGAAAAUAGCUCGCCAGAGCUUCCAGCAGCAGCAGCAUCAUGUGCAGAACAGCAGCACCGGCAAUGUUUUAAAUAGUAGUAUUGCUGGAAAUAGCAAUCAGCACAAUGGUCCAGCCACCAGCACCACCAGUGGCUCCUCCUUGGCUGGUUCGUCCAGUGCUGCAGGCUCGGCGUCCCGAGCAGGCUCGGUAGCCUCCAGGGGAGGUUCGGCAGGUGCUGGUGGCGGGCUGCAUGGCAUGAACAGCAGCAUGGGAGGAGGUGUGGGAACGGUGGGAAUGGGAAUGGGGGGAUUCAGUGCGGUUGGCAACGGUGGGAUGCAGGGCAGUGGGGUACACGUCAGCCAGACGAACAUGAAUGCGGCGACUGCAGCAGCCAUUGCAGCGGCGGCUGGGAGCAUUGUGAGCGGCACGGGCAGCUCUCAGAGCCGCUCCUGCAGCCGCACCUCCAGCAUGCGAUCUGAGGUAUGUUGGGUGUGCGCGGGGGGAGGGAGGGGCGGGGUGCAUUGUGAGAGCAUAUGA